UGUGUGUGUCAACGCAUUAUAAAGGCACAUAAUAUUUAGCAACCAUAGAAAGACUGUUGUUUACGUAACACUAUAGUUAGAAAGCGACAUCAUGGCACAUUAAGGAUCAGACGCACAAGUGGACGUUGCCAUGUGAAUCGAGGAUUAAAUAAUCUAAUCGAAUAACGCGAAUCAGUACGGGUGGAAAGCUCGAUCGAUGUGUCUACUGCGACUCUAAUGUAUGUUAUCAGAAUCUCCAGUGGGACUGAGGUCCGAUAGCCUUAUCGUACAGAAGUUAUUGAACGGUACCUGGUCGGCCGAUAAAAACAUUGGGUUUAACAGAGAUGGGGGUCUCAAUCCAGCGAGACGAUUUUUUCGAGUAUAUAUUAAGGGGUGAUAUUGACGGUCUGCAAGCAGUGUGUCGAAGCAUCAUCUCAAAUAUAAGGAAAAACGAAAGUGGUGCAGUUGUACACAUUGAGAAUGAUACUCAGCCGGCAAGCGGUCGGCCAAACGUGCCGCCUGCGCGCCGGAGAUUACGUUACUCAGACUCUAACAGUGUACACCCUGAAUCUCAAGGCAAAAGAGAAGACGAAGAAACAAACGGGAAUUUAUUAUUCCAGCCGUAUCCGAGCACCGAAGAAAAUCCCACAGAGGGGACAUUGUUGGAAGGUGGCCUUCCGCUUGUCGUUGCCGCGUGUAACAUAGCCUUACCCGAAAGAACUCAGAAAAAAAUAAUCGACAUUUUAAUGGAAACGGCAAACGACAUAUUUACCGCCCAAAACAUGGAGGAUUUGUUUCCCCUGAAGUGGAAUAAAAAAGGUAACAAUGUGUUUCACGAACUGGUCCGUCUGUCUAUUCAGCCUUGGGUCGAACUGCUCGUCCAAGGGAACACAAUAGACUCUCUGGACAGCACAAUUGUCUAUCCCAUGUCGCCACUAAAAAACGGAUCGACGUUUCUGUUUAACGAGGAACCAAAGACUGUCGUUAGACCAUUAUAUAUAGAAAGGAUUCAAGCGAUUAUGAGGUACAUUCUCAACAAACCUUGUAAACUCGACAAAGAUGAAGUGAAAGAAGACGUCAUUCUGUUUCAGCGCAAUAAGAAGGGAUACACACCUUUAGAACUGGCAGUAAAAGUUGGGUCUGUACAUUUAGCCUCCUAUCUGUUAGAAAUGGAGGACGUUCACAAGGUUAGGAUGUCAGACGACUCGGAAAAAUAUAGGAACAAGCGCCUUGUGCAUCGAGAUUUCGUUUACAGACUGGCUCCUUUGAAAGAAAUAACGGAGGAUCUUAAAGUAGAGCAAAGGUUUGAUGAACUAUUCGUCCGUAAAGAUGGCGCCUUGUCGCUGAUGGAGUGCAUCACCGUGAAUAAGGGGGCAAAAGCCAUAGAGUUUGUCAACAUCGUGCCCCUGAGCCAUGCUAUAGCCGAGCAAUGGGAUAAACGUUUCAAGAUCCAUGUGAUCUGGGGAAUUGCUCAUUUACUUACAACAGUAGCAUUGUCUAUAUGUGCUAGUUUUCGCCCCGCUCCCUCACUUCAUGUGGAUGAAGGUAAUCAUACAUAUCAACAUCUCAGUAUUGAUAAAGUCACUGGCAUUUACACGUCAGGCGGGGACUACGUGCGGGCUGCUUUUGAAAUCGUGGUCGUCUUGUAUGCCAUUGCUCUUCUCAUCACCGAACUGGUUGUUCUCGUCCAGAAGGGAGUGUUUCGUAAUUCUAUCAAGAUGCUCACGAAAGUACGAGCGAAUGAGCGUUAUUCAGUUGUAUUUAUUUUAUACUCGAUCUUCACCAUUACAGCGGCAGUUCUACGUGCGGCCGCGUUUGACUACGAAGAAAUAUUCCUGACUAUCGCCGUAAUUUUGAGUUGGUGGUCCUUAAUUCAUUUUCUUAGACCUUUUAAGCGUUUUGCCUUGUACACAGUAAUGAUACAAAAAGUAAUGUUCAGUGACAUUUUUCGCUUUUCUUUGCUAUUCUUGUUCCAGUUGGUAGGUUACACAACAGCAUUCCAAGUAAUGUUCGAGGGAGUAGAAAACCCUCCCGAAGAAUAUUCUUCCUUUAGUCAAAUUAUGUUUCACUUGUUCAAGAUUACCAUUGGCUUAGGUGAUGUAGGCCUUCUGAAUGAAGUUCGUUAUCCAGGUUUAAGUAUUGUCCUUUUUGUCUCAUUUGUCUUGGUAAGCUAUAUAUUUCUAUUUAAUAUGGUGAUUGCCAUGAUGUCAGAGACAGUGCGGGUAGUCGCAGAAAACCGCAAACUUCAAUGGCGGCUUCAACAGCUCCACGUUUUAAUCUUCAUAGAAAGACGAUUGUUGCCGAAGUUUCGGCGAAAUUGCAUGGUCAUCAUCGACCAACCUUGUAUACCGUCUAUUGUUAAUGAUGUUGAAAAAAGGUUGAGCGAACCACCGAAAGGGAAAAGAAAGAAAAAAGAGGGUAAAAAGAAAAAAGCCAUCAAUGACAGUGGUUACGGUUACUCUCCCUUGAUGGACACGCCUUAAAUUAGAUAUUUAGAUAUAAAAUUAAGGUAUAUGGUGCUGCAUGUUCGGACGAUGCGACUAGUGACAGCAAAAAUACUGGACCAAAUAUUUUUCCUUGUCAAACUGUAUUAUUAUCCGAGUGUAAUCAACUUUUAUACAUCGCGACUAUGGUUGUAUGGCGUAUUAAUAACUAUGAAUAAGAUAAACUGACUUUGUUAGAAUAUUAAAUCUAACAUUAUAUACUUUUAUAUUCAAGAAUAAUGUAAAUAAAAUUUUGUAGCCUUAUGCUCUUCCACUAUUUAGCAGUUUCUCGUCAGCACAUUUUGACAUCAGGGCCCCAUGAAAAUUGGCUCUUGAAACCAUGUGUCUGUACAAAAUGUGUUCCUUAUACGUAUU